AUUUCAAACAUAAUAUAUAUAAAUGUCCUGAUCAUAAUAAUCAACUAAAUAAAACAGUUUGAGGUUGACAGUCGGACAGGACAGUUUAUUAGACGUUUGAAAAAUGUUGUUUAACUUUUGUGUUGUGUUUAUUUUAAUAAUCAUUUCCUCAGAAAUCGUCACAUCUUUCGGUCGAUCCCAAAAAAAACAAACCUGUAAGAAAUAUACACCAAAAAUGCCAAAUUACGAUAUGUAUAACAUUAGAGUGAGCGAACGCAAAUGCCAGGAGUAUCUCUGGAAAAUGGAUGAACGGGAGCAAAUAAAAAAACACGCAUGUAGAAGAAAUUAUUUUGUAAUAAGAGGUGCAAGAACGAAACCAGCAGAAUAUCCACAUAUGGGCGCCUUGGGUUGGAUGACUUUCGACGAUUCUUGGAUAUUUCUCUGCGGUUCUUCGUUGAUCAGUGAAAAAUUUGUGUUAACUGUAGCUCAUUGUACGAAAACAAAAAACGUUGCCGUAAAACAUGUUCAUCCCAAAAUUGUUAGACUGGGAGUAACAGAUAUUUAUAAUUCAAGCAACGAAACUCCAAUGGAUGUCGAAAUUAAGAAAAUAAUACUUCAUCCUCGAUAUGAUCCUCCGAAAAAAUACUACGAUGUUGCUCUUUUGGAGCUAAAGACUGAAGUCCAAUUUACGAAAUUUAUCCAGCCAGCUUGUUUGUGGAGCAAACCUUAUAAUUACCCAGAAAAGGAACUCACUGUUACCGGUUGGGGAGCUUUUGAUAACGCUAAUAAGUUUUCACAUAAACUUCUGUAUGCGAAAUUGGACUUAUUUCAUCCAAAACUUUGUGAUAAUUCAGUUUUGAAUAAUAGAAAUUGGUGGGGAACGUCUAAUCAACAAUUGUGUGCUGGCAAAUCGGAUGGCAGUGUAGACACAUGCUUUGGUGAUUCAGGUGGUCCAUUACAAUUCAAAUUGUAUGAAACAAAAAAAGAGGGCACCAUGCAUAUGGUUAUGGGCAUAACAUCAUUUGGUUCAGCUAAAUGUGCUCAAAAGGGCAUUCCCGCUGUAUAUACUAAUGUAGCUACUUUUAUAAAUUGGAUUGAAAGACAUGUAUGGCCACAAGUAAGGGUUCGUUCUUCAAGUCGUAUAAUUUUCAGAGAAUGACUUAUAUCUAAAAAAUGUCAUAAAAACAAAUUAAUCCAAUUAAUUAAACAACUAUCGUCCACCAUUUCGAAUUUCAAAGACUGCUAUAUUAAGACCAUAGCCUACGAUUCUUAAGGAACUCAAGCAGAUCGUGUAUAUGCUAAGGUCUUUACUACGUACUAUAUUAUUUAUUAAAGAAAUAAACAAGGAUAAUGAAUAAAU